GAUCAGAUCCGUUUCAUGCGCUUCACCUUUUUUAAGCCCUCUUUCUCGCUCUUCUUUCUAAAGAACUCAACUUUCUCUCCAAAAUCUUAAAAAGGAAAGCACAAAAAAAAAACAAUUUUCCUCUUCUGCAACUAAACCUAAAUACACACGCAAUCACCAAACAAAAGGAAAAAUCCGCUGCCAUUAGAUCAUGUCACAUUGCAUUAAUCUCUACCGUCGACUCCUGGACCAGCAAUGCCGGAGAUAUUAUCCAGUGCAUGCAUAAGCUUUUGUUAGAUUUGCAAUAGAGCCAAUGGGCGAGAUGAUCAAUUCUGUUGAUAAUAAAGAAACUGGGUUUUGAUAAGGGAAAGAUUCGUUUCAUAGCAUGUCUGAAUUGGUGGCCCGCACAGGUCGACAUCAGCAGCGGUACGAGGCCGGUUGUCGCCUUGUCGCCGGCAGGAACUGAUAAUGGUGCUGAUGUUUUGAUGGAUGGUGCAAAGACACACUUCUUUAUAUCUCGAGUCACUAAAUCCACAGGUUAUAUUGGCAGGUGUAUUCCUUUUAGGUAUAGAAAUUAUGUUGAAAAUGAUGAUGCUGAUGCUGAUGCUGAGAAGAUUGUUGAGGUUCUUAUGAUCAACUCAACUAGUGGACCGGGUCUCCUGUUCCCAAAGGGGGGAUGGGAGAAUGAUGAAACUGUUGAAGAGGCUGCAGUGAGGGAAGCCAUUGAAGAAGCUGGAGUUCGAGGCGAACUAAUGGAUUUCAUAGGAAAUUAUCACUUCAAGAGUAAAACACACCAAGAUGAGUGUUGCCCAGAAGGUCUAUGUAAAGCUUCAAUGUUUGCUUUGUUUGUAAAGGAGGAGCUUGAGUCAUGGCCAGAACAGAGCACCAGAACAAGAAGUUGGUUGACUCUGUCUGAAGCAGUUGAGAAUUGUCGACAUAAGUGGAUGGAAGAGGCUCUGAAGCAAUUUUCUAUAUGGCUUGCAGAUAAGAUGUAAACUACUGCAAACAAUCCACCAAAUCAAGAUUGAUUUUGUGUGCAUAAAGAAGGAUUCUACUGCAACUUUCUUCUUCUCUUCAGAAUAUCAGAAUAGUGGCAAAGUUUUAGGAUUGCCAAACUCUUUUUUUUUUUUUUAAAUGUUUUCAAUCUUGCUCUUGUUACUCGCCUCUUGCACUUUUUAAUCCUUCACUAUUUGUUCCUAUAGUUUUAGAUGUUCAUUGGUGUAUCAUUUUGUAGGUCAUUCAAAGGCCUCAAACUUCCCCACAAUUAAAAAAAAUGUGAAAGUAAUUGAAGAGUUAAACGCUGUUCAUCUUGAUGAAA